GCCGCGGCCGCCCCCCGCCCCGGAAGGACAAGUGAGCUCUGGGAAUAUGGCAGCGGCGGCGGGAGCCGCGGCGGUGGCCGCUGCCCCGGUGUGUGUGCUAGUGCUGGGUAUGGCCGGCUCCGGAAAAACCACCUUCGUGCAGCGCCUGGCCGCCCACCUGCACGGGCAGCGCUGCCCCCCGUACGUGAUCAACCUGGACCCUGCCGUGCACAGCCUGCCCUUCCCCGCCAACAUCGAUAUCAGGGACACUGUGAAGUACAAAGAAGUCAUGAAACAAUAUGGUCUGGGCCCAAACGGCGGAAUAGUGACCUCUCUCAAUCUCUUUGCUACAAGAUUUGACCAGGUGAUGAAGUUCAUUGAAAAAAGACAAAAUGCAUCCAAGUAUGUUAUUAUUGACACACCAGGGCAAAUUGAGGUAUUUACUUGGUCAGCAUCAGGAACCAUCAUAACUGAGGCCUUGGCCUCCUCUUUCCCUUCGGUUGUUGUCUAUGUGAUGGACACCUCUCGCAGUACUAACCCUGUCACUUUUAUGUCCAACAUGCUCUAUGCCUGCAGUAUCCUGUACAAGACAAAGCUACCUUUCAUUGUAGUUAUGAACAAAACUGACAUAAUCGACCACAGUUUCGCAGUGGAAUGGAUGCAGGACUUUGAGACUUUUCAGGAUGCCCUGAAUCAAGAGACCUCCUAUGUCAGUAACCUGACUCGUUCCAUGAGUUUAGUGUUGGAUGAAUUUUACAGUUCACUGAAGGUGGUUGGUGUUUCUGCGGUGCUCGGCACAGGACUGGAUGAGUUUUUUAUCCAGCUUUCUAAAGCUGUAGAUGAGUACGAGAGAGAGUAUCGUCCAGAAUAUGAACGCCUGAGAAAAACACUAGAGGAAGCUCAAGAGAAACAGAAGAGAGAGCAGCUGGAACACUUGUGGAAGGACAUGGGCAGUGUGUGUGUGCAGGGCAGCACACUGGCAGGACUUGAUGAUGCUUCUGCAAUGGGUCCCUCUGAGCUAAUCCUUACACGAGGAACUCUCAAUGAAGAGGAAGAGAGAGAGAGUGAUACUGACGACAUUGACCAUGAAGUGACUGAGGAGAGUCAUGAAGAACCAGCCUUCAGAAACUUCAUGCAAGACGUGCGGAUGAAAUGCCAGAGAAAAAGCAACCUGAAUGAAUGAGACCUUCACAAACAGAACGUUUGGAAGGAACAGCAUAAAGAAACUUGCAUGAAACCAUGCGUGAAGACUUUUAUUUGGGAACUGCUUCCUCUGAUAGAUUUUUAUUUCUCUUUUUGAGAAACUGUUGGUCAUGUGAGUUAAAGAUCUUGGAGCCAACUGACUGCACAGUUCAUCAUCUGCUGCUGUGGCUUCCUGAAGCUGAGGGAAUCAGAUAGCAGUUUCUUUUCCUCCAGAUUCUUCAGAUCUAUCUGUUGAGAGCUUAGAUUUUGAGCAUCAUUAAUAUCUGCAGCACUAACUGGUCCCCAGAAACGUGUUUGUUUGCUUGUGCAGCCAGGGCACAAGUGAUGCUGUACUGAACUUUAUCAAUCUACUUUGAUGGUUUGGUUUGUAUUAAAUAUAUUUUAUGUACUAACAAA